AUGACGUCCGUACCAACGACGUCAGCCUCUGCUGUGCUCACAGCACCCCGUCAACCCUUAUCGUCGCAUUCACUCUUUUUCCCUGUGCGGCGCGAGGGUCAGCAGCAGCGGCAGCUUCGGAGUUUGGGGGUUCCGCGCAGGAGUGCAGGAGUGGCGAUGAGGGCAUCGAGCAAGGGUGAAAGCGGACAGGGACGUGGGCACGCGGACGAGAAACGCCCCCUAUUUUCCAAGGACGAUGGACCAUACUUCGCCAAAGCUUUAGGGGGGUGUGUGGUGGGAGCGGUGGCAAUAAAAUACGGAAGCCUUUUCAUUGUGCCGCAGCUUACAGAGUCACCCAGCCUGGCUGUUGCCCUCACGAUUAUCAUUACUCCUGUCGUUCGGAUGCUGGUUCGGCAGGUCCCCAACCUGCUAAGCGUCGGCUUGGCAUGCCGCGCGGAACAUCUGGGCCCGAUCCUGAAGAUUCUAGGAGGUGAGAGGAAGAGCCGUGUCGCUGGUAGCAGCAUUGACGAGGGAGGACUAAAGCCGGACGGUGGUGGAUUGAAGUCGCUCGAGUCGUGCGCCUUAGAGGUGGUAUCGCGACCCGAUGUGAGAGGCACGGCUAAGCGUCUCAAGCGCCUCUCACUCUCGCUCUCCCUCCCCGCGGAGCCCAUCCUACAAUCCGGAUCGCCCUUCUCCCAUCUCGCCUGCCUCGAGUCGCUCUCCCUGACGAUCACUUAUCACCCGCCACCGCCGGAUCGCGUAUCGUCUGAUAGCGUAUCGCUCACUCCGCACGAGCUGCACGUUAUGGCCGGCCUACAGCUGCCGACGCAGCUUGACGCAGCACUGCCGCACUCCCCUGCCGUCCUCUCGCCGGCCCUUUUCGCUGGCCUUGCGCCGUCGUUAACCGCUCUCUUCUUUAAGCACCAUGCGCCUACAGGGUCUUAUAACGAGGACGAACCGAGUCGCCACGCAGGGAGCCGCCGUCACUCUACGUCAGCAGUCAUCCCCGAGUCGCUGUGGUCGCUGACUGGCCUGGAGUCGCUCCGGCUGGAUACCGGGUCGUGCUGUAGCGAGUGUGACUGUAACGUGUACUGCCACGUGGCGCGGAUGAGCCGUCUCACGACCCUCGAGGUCCUCGCACCGCUCUCAGCCCCUCCGAUUCAGGACACGGACUCGAGCGGCGAGAUGCAAUCGGAGCCGUUGAAGGGAGAGGUGCAGCAGUCAGAGGAGGUGAAAGUGAAGGGAGUGAACCUAGACAUCGCCUACCUUCUCCUCCCCUCGUUUGGCGCACACCUCCCUUCAGUCACGCGCCUCUCCCUCCACUCCAUCCGCUUCUGUCACACCCGCGCCUGCCCCUCCGCGCUCCUCGCCUCCCUCUCCGCCUUCCCCUCCCUGCGCCACCUCUCCCUCUCCCUCUCCACCGCUCUCCACCCCAACCCAGCCCCUCUCCCUCUCUCGCAAGCACCACUGAGCUCGGCCCAGCAGCCAAUCUGCCUGCAUGCUUCGUCCUCACAAACCGGUGCUACCAGUGCUAGCAGUGGUAGCGGUGCAGCAACCGAGUCUCCCGCGCCCCUCUGCCUGUGCCAACUGCUGCACACGCACAGGCACGUGCGCCAUCGUCAUCAGCUGUGUUCUUCAGGCCAGGGGGAGCAGCAGCAGCGUGAAUUGGAGCAGCUGUGCUCGCUCACCAUCAGCCUGAACUCCCUCCCCUCCAUGCCUCUCCCUCUCUUCCUUCGCCUCGCACCCCUUCCAAGCCUCACAGACCUGAUAAUUGAAAACGCUGAAGAGAGCGUGACUGUAGACAGCGUGACUUUGGACAGUGCCACAAUUGCUGAUGCAGUGACUGCAGCCGACGUGACUGUGGAGAGUGUGACUACAGGAGGUGCUACUGCUGCUGCUCCUCCGCUCACCCUUCGCCUUUGCAACAUCCAUGCCAACAGCAGCCUGCUCGCUUCCCUUCACCUCAUCCCCACCCUCCACACUCUCGUCCUCCCUCCUCUCUCUUGGCUCACCACCAUCCCUCCCUCACUCUCCCUUGCCCCCUCUCUUUCCCUCAUACGCUUUAUAGACUGGAGCAACCUGACUGGGUUACCAGAGGAGGUGGCUAAGGCUCCUAGUGUAUUGAAGGAGAUUGAGAUAAGGGGGGAGCACAGUGCCGCGCGUGACAUUGCACAGUUAGGGGUGGCGGGUGAGGAGGCGAUGUUUGCAGAGUACCUCACCACUUCGACAGGGGCAGAGUUUCUUGACUCGUGGUUUGUCAAGGCUCUUGAGAAGCUGCCAGCGACUAUCCGCCACGAGAUACCGGGCUUACCUCUGUGUGUAGCGGCCCCUCCUGUUCGGCUUUUCCAGGCGCGGCAGCGGCAGUUAGCUGUAGAGGAGCUCCAUGCACUGCGCCGCUUGGCUCGUGACGAUGCCACCUUGGCCCGUUUCACAUCCCUUCAGGGCCCGGGGGCAGGUGCAUGGGUUUCGGCGGUUCCGGCUCACUCAGAUCUCACAUUCACUGCGGCUGAGUGGGGCAUUGCUGCUGCUAUACGGCUCGGCCUCCCAAUCCAGCAGCUGCAGGUGGCGGGGAGGUGUGUUUGUGGCACAACGUUUGUUGACCCAGCAGAUCCGCACCAUGCCCUGAGAUGCAGGCAUCAGCAUGGUCCUUCUCGGGUGCAUGAUGAGGUGAAGUUUGCGGUGGCGAAGAUCUCUAAGGCGUCGAGGGGGGUGGUGACAAUGGAGGAUGGUGUGGUGCUGCAUGGGAAGCGGGUUGAUGUGGCGGUGCGACGUCCAAUGGCUGGAGAGGCUCACGCCCUAGAGAUCAGCGUCGCGGACCCGCUAUCGCUGUCUCCAUCACUGCUGGGACAGUGCAGGCGUCAAAUAGGUGUGGCGGCAAGGGAGUGGGAGCGCCGCAAAACAAGUGACUACUCGCCUCUGCUUGCACGCAACCGGGGCGUGCAGUUCACCCCUUUGAUAGUUGAGACGUGGGGGUGUCUCGGCGGUCGUUUUCAGCGGUGGCUUCAUCAGCAGGGGGAUGCGCACGUGGGACUAGCUGUGUCGCGGGGGGCUUGUCGAGAGGACGACUCUGUGUUUUCGGCUUAUCUUUAA